GAGAAUGUGGAAAAGAAGAAAAAUGGAACUUCAUUCAUCUCCUAUGGUUUAUAUACCAGCUGGAAGAAGAGGUGAUUCUCUGCAAGGGAAAUUCACCAGUUCGUAUCCUUCUCCUUCCCCAGCUGCCUCAUUGGUAGAGGUUGUAAUAUGGACCCCUCCUCUAUCUCUCACUGUUCCAUAUGCCUCAUUGGUUGAGGUUGGGAUGCUGUUGACUGCAAUUCCUCCUUUCCCCCUCACCUCCCCAUAUGCCUCAUUGGUUGAAGUGUGGAUACUUGUGCCUCGAUCUUUACUACCUGUUUAAUAGGUAAUGAAAGAACGCUCAGAAUUGU